AUGGAUUUGGGAUCCAGUAUCAAUCUAAUACCCUUGACUGUCCUAAAAAAGAUUCGUGACUUUGAAGUUAAGCCGAAAAGGAUGUCUCUUCUCAUGGCAGAUGGAUCCCCCAAAAGACCAUAUGGUAUGAUAGAAGAUAUAAUGGUGCAAAUCAACAACUUGAGAUUCCUGGUGGACUUUGUGGUGUUAAAGAUGGAAGAAAAUGCGGAGAUUCCUAUUAUUCUUGGAAGGUCGUUCAUGAAGACAGCCAAAGUAAUCAUCAAUGUUGAUGAGGGUACCAUAGUUCUCAAGGACCAAGAAGAGGAGGUGAUCUUCAAUGCUUGCAAUACUGGGCAGCAAGCCCAAGUAAAGAAAACCAGUCCCAAAGCUGCAUUUAAAGAUGCACCCGGGACUGAUACCUAG